AUGAUCGCGUCACUCAUCGCCGGCGGUCUGCUGGCCUUCAGCGUGCUUGCUGUGGAAGUGAACAUUACCACAUCCAUCGGCUUGGCUGAGUGCAAAUGCUUCCCGGGUGACGCAUGCUGGCCGUUGCUCGACGACUGGAGCCUCUUGAACCAAACAGUUGACGGCCGCCUGAUCGCCACCACACCUCUCGCUAGGCCAUGCCACGACCCUAACUAUGACCAAGCGGAGUGCAAAGUUUUGCAGGAUGGUUGGCAAAACCCGGCUACCCAUAUGGACGAUUCUGCCUCGGUCAUGGCUCCAUUCUUUGCGAACCAGAGUUGUGACCCCUUUACGGCGGAAUCCAAACCCUGUACCCUCGGCAAUUAUGUGGUGUACACGGUUGAGGCUAGCUCCGCAGACGACGUUGUCGCUGCGGUCAAGUUCGCGACGCAGCACAACAUCCGAUUUGUUAUUCGUAACACGGGACACGACUACCUUGGUCGAUCCACUGGCGCCGGAGCUUUGUCGGUGUGGACUCACAAACUUAAAGAUAUCGAGUUCGUGGGUUGGAACGACGCAGGCUAUGAAGGGAGUGCCGUAAAGCUUGGCGCUGGCAUCCAGGGAUUCGAAGCUAUGGAGGCUACCCGGGCUCGUGGCCAGGUUCUGCUCAGUGGGGAGUGCCCGACGGUUGGUGUCGCCGGCGGUUAUACCCAGGGAGGAGGCCACUCUGCUUUGAGCACCAGCUUCGGCUUGUCCGCUGACAACACCCUCGAGUUCGACGUUGUGACGGCCGAUGGACAGUUGCUCACGGCUUCCAAAUCCCAGAACUCUGACCUCUACUGGGCGCUCUCAGGUGGUGGUGGGGGGAACUAUGGGGUCGUCGUCAGCAUGACCGUCAAAACAUUUCCCGAGGCCCAGGUGGGCGGCGGCACGAUUGCAUUUUACGCGAACGAAAAUCCCACCGAAAACUUUUAUGCCGCGAUCGAUGCCUUCCAUGCUGCACUUCCAGACAUGAUUGCCUCGGAGGCCAUGGUCGUCUACUACUUCACCUCGAGCUUCUUUCAGAUCGCACCCCUGACAGCCUACAACAAGACUGCCGCCGAGGUCCAGUCCAUCCUGGCUCCUUUCGUAGCAAAGCUCAACUCAAUGGGGAUUGUUUUCACCAGCAACUACACUCAAUCCGCCACAUACUAUGACCACUACAACCAAUACUUUGGGCCCCUUCCGGUCGGCAAUAUCCAGGUCGGCAUCGCCCAGUAUGGCGGUCGUUUGGUUCCGCUCUCUGCGUUCCAGAACAACGCCUCCGCAAUGUCGUCCGUUGCACGCUACAUCGCCGAGAAGAACGUGACGUGGAUUGGUGUUGGCACCGACGUGUCACGUUUUGGCGGAGACGGCUCCAACGCAGUGUUACCGGCAUGGCGUACGCCGCUUGUGCACGCUACGCUCACAACCGUGUGGUCGUUCGAUCCGGCCGAGUGGGACGAUAUGCUUGCUAAUCAGCAACUCAUGACGGACGAUAUAAUGCCCCGUAUCGAGGACGUCACCCCGGGUUCCGGCGCGUACAUGAACGAGGCCGAUUUCCGCCAGCCGGGUUUUCAGUAUGCGUUUUUUGGGUCCAACUACGAGACAUUGCUGCAGAUCAAGCAAAAGUAUGACCCGGAUGGAUUCUUUUAUGCGACCAAGGCGGUGGGUAGUGAGAUGUGGACCGUGGGACCUGACGGCAAGAUGUGUGCGGCUUCUUCGUAG